AAGUAUCGUCAGAGCUUGGCUGGACUGUUGGCCCCUCCUUAUGGAGCAAUGGAGAGUGGAUCCAGCAAUGACAGACUCACAGACAAAGACAACAUGAACUCCGACUCUGCAAAUAAAGCUCACAACAAGAUUCCAUCAGAGAAGCUUCAGAGAGCGGGGAAGGUUCUCCGCAACGCCAUCCUGUCCAGAGCGCCACACAUGAUUCGCGACAGGAAGUACCACCUCAAGACAUACAGACAAUGCUGUGUAGGCACAGAGCUGGUGGACUGGUUGGUGCUGCAGAGUGCAUGUGUGCUCACACGCUCCCAUGCUGUUGGGAUGUGGCAGGUGCUACUUGAAGAAGGGGGGCUCAACCAUGUGGACCAGGAGCUGGGCUUCCAGGAUAAGUACCUGUUCUACCGCUUUCUCGAUGACGAGGAAGAGGACACACCGAUGCCUAGUGAGGAGGAGAAGAGGGAAAGUGAAGAAGAGUUGCCAGAGACCAUUCUCUUCCUCGCUCAGAUUGGACCUGACGCAUUGCUGCGCAUGAUCCUAAGGAAAUCGCCCGGUCAGAGGACAGGGGAUGACCUGGAGAUCAUCUAUGAUGAGCUGCUUCACAUCAAGGCCUUAGCUCACCUCUCCAACACUGUGAAGAGGGAGCUGGCAAGUGUUGUGAUCUUUGAGUCCCAUGCAAAAGCUGGAACAGUGUUGUUCAACCAAGGAGAGGAGGGGACAUCAUGGUACAUCAUUCAGAAGGGUUCAGUCAAUGUGGUUAUCUAUGGCAAAGGUGUGGUGUGUACGCUCCACGAGGGUGAUGACUUUGGAAAGUUGGCCCUGGUUACAGAUUCACCUCGUGCCGCCUCCAUCGUCCUGAGGGAGGACAACUGCCACUUCCUGCGUGUCGAUAAGGAAGACUUCAACAGGAUACUCAGGGACGUGGAAGCCAACACUGUGCGCUUGAAAGAGCAUGAACAAGCUGUGCUGGUGUUAGAAAAAAGUCCUCGUGCCUCCACCCUGGGAAGCAUUAAGUACACUGUUAUUUCAGGAACGCCAGAGAAGAUUCUCGAGCAUUUCCUUGAGACCAUGAGGAUGGACAUACACCACAGUGAACCAGACCCAGCUGUGGAUGAUUUCGUCCUCAUGCACUGUGUCUUCAUUCCAAACAGCCAGCUGUGCCCUCUCCUAAUGGCACACUACCAUGCUGCUGCCCCGCCUGGCUCUGAACAGGAGAGGUUGGAGUAUGCAAUCAACAGUAAGAGAAGAGUCCUCAUAAUAGCCCUGCGCUGGGCCAACACACACACAUACAUGCUUCAGGAGGAGCCUGCUGCCAUCUCUUUUCUUGAGGAGUUGUACGGAAGUGUAUCAAACGAUUCUCGGAUUUUGAGAGCUUUGAAAGACCUGGUUCCCGACUUGGAGAAAGUCGUUAAAUUACAAUCAGAGGAAGCCAAAGCCACAAAAAAGAAAACCCUCAUACGACAGUUCAGCAACGGGGAGGAAAGACUGCAGAAAAAGCAGCCAAUUAGGAAUCAAGAUGACAUCCUACUGAAGGUGUACUGCAGCGAUCACACAUACUCUACGAUCCGGGUUUCCGUGGCCGCGACGGGAAAAGAAGUCAUCAGUGCCGUUGCCGACAAACUUGGCACCACUGAUGAGCUCUUGUUGGUUCACCUCAGCUCUGCUUCUGAAAAACUAAUCCUGAAGCCUAACGAUGCGUCGGUGUUUUCUACUCUGAGCAUCAACGGGCGAUUGUUUGCCUGUCCCAGAGACCAGCUCAACAAUAUAGCUCCUCUUCCAGACCAGGAUGGUCCCACUGCAGGCUCCAUGUCAACUUUUGAGCUGAUGAGCUCUAAGGACCUUGUACCAAUGACUAUGUUUGACUGGGAGCUCUUCAGCUGUGUGCACGAGCAUGAGCUGCUCUACCACACGUUCGGCCGACAGAGCUUCAGGAGGACCACGGCCAACCUGGAUCUGUUUCUGCGGAGAUUCAACCAGGUCCAGCUGUGGGUGGUCACUGAGGUCUGCCUGUGCGGACAGCUCAGCAAGCGAGUCCAGCUGCUUAAGAAGUUCAUCAAGAUAGCUGCACACUGUCGGGAGUUUAAGAACAUGAAUUCAUUCUUUGCCAUCAUUAUGGGGAUGAGCAACCCUGCUGUGAGCAGACUGAGCCAGACGUGGGAGAAACUCCCCACCAAGUUUAAGAAGUUCUAUGCCGAGUUUGAAAGUAUGAUGGACCCAUCAAGAAACCACCGCUCUUAUCGACUCACAGUCACAAAACUGGAACCGCCCAUUAUUCCCUUCAUGCCCCUUCUUCUUAAAGAUAUGACAUUUACACAUGAGGGCAACAAGACCCUGAUUGACAAUAUGAUCAAUUUUGAGAAAAUGCGUAUUAUAGCCAACACAAUUCGGCAAGUGAGGCACUGUAGAAGCCAACCAUUCAAUCCGGACAUAUGCCAGCCUAACAAAAACCAAGCAGAUGUCAGGGGUUACGUUAGGAAGCUGUGCGUGAUCGACAACCAGAGGGCGCUGACUCAGCUCUCUUACAGGCUGGAGCCUCGACGGACAUGAGCACCAGAUCUUCCACCACCAUCGCCUUUUCUGUAACGUUAGCAUAAAAAAAAAAAAACACA